CGCCGCUGAUUCCCGGAGGAAGCGUCCGAGCGCGACGUGGAUUGCGCGCAUGCGCCGAGAGCCCCUAAAAACUUCUGGAGCGAUACUUUGUGUUUAACGUCCGCAGUUCGGGAUGAGUCUGGCGCCGGGGGACCCGCUGCUGUGGUUCCGCGCGUGUGAUGACGAGCGCGUUCUGGAGGACCCGGUCGGGUUCGGUCAUGUGGACGGGACCGACGAGGAGGGAAACACGGCGCUCAUGUUCGCCUCCGCCGGGGGACACGAGCAGCUGGUCCGGUUCCUGCUGAGGAAAGGAGCGGCGGUGGACCGACGGAACCAUUACGGCUGGACCCCGCUGAUGCAGGCUGCGAGGUCUGGUCAUUUGAGCGUGGCUCAUAUUCUGCUGGAGAACGGCGCAGAGAUCAACGGCAGGAACCGGAUGGGUGCCAGCGUCCUGAGCAUGGCUGCCCGCGGAGGACACACUCACGUGGCCAAACUCCUGCUGGAGAACGGCGCCUGUGUGGAUGAUGUGGACGAGCCGGCCGAGGGCUUCCCGGAGACCAGGGCUCUGCUGACGGCCGCUCAGCACGGACACGAGGCGGCGGUCAGGCUCUUGCUGGACUGGGGAGCGGAGGUCAACUUUUGCCAGAAGGGCUCGGGCUGGAGCGCCCUGAUGCUGGCGGCGGCCGGCGGAGCGGUCAGUGUGACCCAGCAGCUGGUGGAGCGAGGAGCAGACGCAGAUCUGCUCAAUGUGCUGGGCAAGACGGCCUUCGAGCUGGCGCUUCAGCUGCAGAACAGAGAGGUCAAGAGCUACCUGGACUCCAUCACCACCGUCCGGCCGCAGACAGAUGACGAGAAGAAACGACCUGAUGUCUUCCAUGCGCUGAAGUUGGGAAACGCUCAGCUGGUGAAGGACAUCGUGGAGGAGGACUCGUCUCAGGUGAACGUCUCGAAUGCGGACGGUGCGUCUCCUCUGAUGAUGGCUGCGGUCAGCGGUCAGCUGGAGGUGGUUCAUCUGCUGGUGGACAAACACGCAGACAUGGACCGACAGGACUCUGUGCACGGCUGGACGGCGCUCAUGCAGGCCACCUAUCACGGGAAUAAAGACGUGGUGAAGUUUCUUCUGAGUCAGGGCGCUGAUGUCAAUCUGAGAGCCAAGAACGGAUACACUGCCUUUGACCUCGUCAUGCUCCUGAACGACCCGGACACUGAGUUAGUGCGGCUGCUGGCCUCCGUCUGUAUGCAGGUGGAGAAGGACAAGAGCAAGCAGAGAGGAAAAUCAGCCCUAAAGAGACGCCCGUCUCUAACUGUUCCUCUUCCUCCUGAUGAUAAAGGCGGCCUGAAGUCCUGGUGGAAUCGCAUGUCCAACCGCUUCCGCAAACUCAAGCUGACGCACACGCUGAGACACGGGCUCUCCACCAAUCGGCUCGCUCCGUUCCCCGACGAGGUUCCUUUGGACGCCACCAUGAAAGCGGAGUCGUCGAGCGCCGCUGGGGCUCCGAGCGCAGACAUCUGCACCGCGUGGAGCAGCAAAGACUGCGGUUUGAACGGAACAAGAAGUGGGAAAGAUGACUUCCUCAUCACGACAAUGCUGAGGAACGGUGCGCCGCUCGCCCGUCUGCCCAAUGAGAAGCUGAAGGCCGUCAUCCCACCGUUUCUGCCGCCAUCUAACUUUGAGCCGUGGAACUCGGAGCGCUGUGGAGCGGUGAAAGAGGGCCGGAGUGGAAACAUGCCACAGAGACCCGGCAGGAGCAGCUGUGCCAGCUCUGAUAUAACGUCCAUUAGUCGAGUGGUCAGCAGGUCCAUCAAAUUUCCGACCAUCACUAAAGGCCCCUCCCCCUCCAACUCAGGCAGUUAUAACUCCGCCCACUCCUCAGGUGGAUCCAAUGGUGUGGGAGGAGUCAACCGCCAUGCCUCCGACUCCCACAACCGCUCAGGCGGCAGCGGUGCAGACAGUGUUCUGUCUCAGAUCGUGGCUCAGAGGAAGAGAGCAGCUGGUCUGUUGGACAGCAGGACGCCGGCCGCCGCCGAGAUGCCCAGCCCUCUGCCCUCCGCUCCAGACAUCAGCCUGACUGACCACAGCGACUCCAGACGGAAGCUGGAGUUAAAGAAGCGUCCUCAGUCUGGAAACUCAUCGACGUCCAAGAGCACGUCUCCCACCCUCACACCCUCUCCAUCACCCACACCCAAACCAGCCGCUGACUCGCUCUCAUCCGCUUCCACACAGCCCAGAUCCAAGAGCAGCGGUGGCUCCAGCAGCGGCACCAUCACAGACGAGGAUGAGUUAUCAGGGAUUCUGAGGAAACUGUCUCUGGAGAAAUAUCAGCCCAUCUUUGAGGAGCAGGAGGUGGACAUGGAGGCGUUUCUGACCCUGACUGAUGGAGACCUGAAAGAGCUGGGAAUUAAAACAGACGGGCCGCGGCAGCAGAUACUGGCAGCCAUAUCCGAGCUGAACGCCGGGAAAGGGAGAGAAAGACAGAUUCUACAAGAGACCAUCCAUAACUUCCAGUCAUCGUUCGGCAGCAGUGCCAGUAACCCUCGACCGGCAGGAUAUCCUCGCUCUCCGUCAGGCUGGAGUCGUCCUCUACAGGCGUCCAGCAGACGGUAGCGAGGUCCUCGGCGGUCAUCAGGGGGCGCUGCAGCAUCACGGGCUCCGAGAGCGAGAUCUUCUGAGAUCUGGGUCAUGAACGACUGAACCGGCCGUAUCUCUGCUUCGCUCGGCUGAAGUAGUGUUUGUGUCUCUGAGCUCAUGAACUGAUGAAGGAGCAAGAAGACUUUAUCUGCUUGUUUAAAUACUGUCGUUGUAUAGGACUGUCAUUUAUUAUUAUUCUUAUUUUUAAUCUGUUAUUAUUCUUUAUUUUAUUGUUUUGUUUUAUUUGUAUUUAUAGGUUUUUAAGCACAUCAUUUCUUGGUCUUUUCAGUGAUGUGAAACCGUUUCAUCACCUUACACUCAUCUUAAUGUUUCUGGUACAUUAUUGAAUCAACCACAUUUAACUGA